GGCGGGCCUGCGGAUGGCGGAGGCGCACAUCCCGGCACACGCGGUGCGCCACGAGUCGGCGCGCCUGCAGUGCCGCUUCGACCUGGAGGGCGAGUCGCUGUACUCCGUCAAGUGGUACAAGGACGGCCGCGAGUUCUACCGCUACGUGCCCCGCGACUCGCCGCCGGCGCUCCUCUUCCCCGUGCCAGGCAUCUCCGUCGACAGGUCGCGGUCCAACGCCAGCCAGGUGACUCUGCACAACGUGGACCUGGAGGCGUCCGGCCGCUACCGCUGCGAGGUGUCCGGGGAGGCGCCCGCCUUCAGGACCGUCUCGGAGCACGGCGACAUGCUCGUCGUCGCGCUACCCCAGGAGGGUCCUCGCAUCUCCGGCGGCAGGCCCCGCUACCAGGUGGGCGACACCGUCAGCCUCGACUGCAGCUCUGGGCCGUCCAGGCCAGCCGCGCACCUCGUCUGGUACAUCAACGACCACCAGUUACCCUGGACGCUCGACAAUGUUAAUGGAUAA